AUGGAAGGGCAGCAGGGGCAACAAAGCCACGCGACCCUAACACUCGCCCACGAUUAUUUCAAGAAGUGUGAAUACGCGGAAGCAGAGGCGCUCUACUCCGCUUACAUUCGCCAGUGCGUCUGUGCAACCUCGGCGGGAGCGGCGUUCGGAAGCCCUGAGGAUUUGGCUAUUGCAUAUAACAACAGGGGGCAAAUCAAGUACUUCAGAGUUGAUUUUUAUGAAGCUAUGGAUGACUACGCAUCUGCCAUAGAAGUCCAACCCAAUUUUGAAGUUCCAUAUUACAACAGAGGGUUGAUAUUGUAUAGGCUGGGAUACUUUGAUGAUGCUUUGGAAGAGUUCAAGAAGGUAUUAGACUUAAAUCCUGGAUUUCAAGAUGCUACUUUGAGCUUAAAACAGACUAUUCUAGACAAAGAAGAAAAACAAAGAAGACAUUAUUGAAAAAAAUUAUUGGAAGUUUUAACUUAUUUUUUGAAAUAUUAACUAAUCGUCCUUACACCUGGCAUCUCAUUGCAUCUAAUUUCAAGGAGGUAUUGAGCUGUUUUGAUUUGUAUUUAAGAUAAAGAGACUCUAGUUAAUUUCAGAUUGAGUAACUAUGUAGAAUAUGUGUGCCUGUUAUAAAGUGUAAAUAAGUAAUAUCAAUGUAUAAUUGUAUACUCUUAUAGUAAAAUACUUAAAGAAAUGUGUGGCAUUUUCUUCAGUGAAACAUUUUUUUUGCCAUUUUUUAUUCCCAACUUUUAUUUAAAGAAUUUUACAUCUGCAUAAAAGUUGAAGCAUACUAGAAUGAAACACCUAUAAACCCUUGACUUAGAUUCACCAGUUGUUAACAUUGUGCCACAUUUACUUUCUCUAUAUUUAAAUAUGUAACUUGUUACUGAACCAUUUGAAAGUAAGUUGCAGAUAACACAAUUCUUAACCCCUAAAUAUUUCAGCUAGCAUUUUCUAAGAAUAGAGACAUCCUCCUUUAUAGUCACAGUACCAUUAUAAUACCUAAUAAAAUUAUUGAUUCCAUAAUAUCAUCCAUACUCAGCCCGUAUUUGAAUUUACCCCGUUGUUUCCAAAAUGUCUUGCUUAGAUUUUUAUUUCUGGAUUUGGAGUCAGUCAAGUUACAUUGCAUUUCAUUGUUACAUCUGUUUGAGUUCUUUUAAUCUAAGAAAGUCCCCUGCUCAUUUUCUUCCCAUGGCGUUUGCUUUGAGAGCAAAGCUAUUUCAUAGAGGUAAGCUAGAGAGAUGUAACAUUUGGGCCUAAAAGUAAACACAUGUCCUAGAUGAGAGGAGUUUGAAAGAAUUCAGCUUCUUGAUUUUGUCUAGAAAUCACUGAUAAGAUAGCUUAAGAUUUCAAUACUUAACACAGUUUCUUUCUCUGGAUAAUGACAAUAAGUAUUGUUGUCAUCAACAUUUAGUCCAGAGGAAGGCACAGUAACUUCUGUGGCCCAAGAGGCAAUCACCAUCAUCAGCCUUCAAAGUUAUUUUCUGUGUUUUAGUGAUCUCAUGAAGCAGAAGAAAUAAUCUCCCAGUUUGUAGUUCAUAAAUAAUAUCUGGCAACAUGCAGGAAGAAUUUGGGCUGCAGGUGAAUGAAUAUUAAAAGGUAAUGAAGUUUGAAAGGAAACUCAAAGUCUCUGUGUUUCUGGAACUAUUCACAUUUUCCAAGAUGACUUAUCUUUGUUGGAAAUGUCUUUGAAAGAAUUUAUAAAGUUGUAUUAAAAUGUAGAAAAAUCUCCCUUAAGAAAAAUUGUAUUUAAAAAGCCAGGUCCCACGACCUUGAGAAAGCUUAAAGACGUCCUACCCAGAACAUCAAACACUUAAAUAAUUUAAAUAAGCUUCAAUAACUUUAUUUUCUCUUGCUUCAUAUUCUCUUCCUUACUCUUGACUGGGAUCAGAUGUAAUAUGAAAGAAAAACUUGUUAAAAA